AUGAUGAGAUUGACAUGCAACCCAGCUACUCUCUCAUCCCCCAGUUCAACCACCAGCAGAGACCAGCCUACCUACCCCCAUCCCCACCCAGCUCAGAGCCGGGGAGUCCAGACAGGGCAAAAGAACAUCUCCCCACCCCCCUCCUAUGCAGCCAGCAUAGCUUCUAAAUUGACAGUCCCCAACAAUGCCAUCGUCCCAGUCCAGACCCCAUCCACCCAGGAACUAGGCCAGGGCCCCAGUGUUGGACCAGUCCAGGCCUCAGGUCAGGUCCAGGCUGCUGGUGUGAGCCCUGUGUCCCCAGGACCUAUCCAGUCUUCUCCAAUCAUGUUUAACCGCCGGAACAACCCAGAUCUAGAGAGAAGAAGGAUUCACCACUGCAAUGUCCCAGGAUGUAAAAAGGUCUACACCAAGUCCUCCCAUCUAAAAGCCCAUUUGCGUACUCACACAGGAGAGAAGCCGUACCACUGCUCCUGGGAGGGGUGUGAGUGGCGUUUCGCCCGCUCCGACGAGCUGACUCGCCACUUCAGGAAGCACACUGGGGCCAAGCCGUUUCAGUGCGCUGUGUGUAGCCGCUGUUUUUCCCGAUCCGACCACCUGGCCCUUCACAUGAAAAGACACCAGAGCUAAAGGGCAGCCCUGCUAACGCGCGCGUUCUCAGAUUGGAAUUUCACUUAAUCUGUCAUCUCAUUGAGACAAUGAUACGUAUGUGGCGCUCAGAAAAACAGCCACGUUACUGAAUGUUAAAAUUAUUUUACUGACCAUAUUCCUAGGAUUAGACCACUUGUCCCUAGUGGAAAUAUAUUUUUAUGUUAGUUAUAGUGCUGGCCCACACAAGGAAUAUUGCUAUUAUUAUUAUUGCUACCGAUAUUAUUGUAAAAAGGUUCAAUGUUUACUUUUUGAACUGAAGUUUUUUAAUAUAUUUUUUCCAUGUAACCCAACAAACUUUCAAAAAAAUAUUGGGCUGUGCCAUCUUUAAGAGAGAGCACAAAGCUAUGUGCAGCACAGCACAGUAGGCACUAGACAAUUCUAUGAUUUCACAAGCCAAUUCUGCUACUGUGUGUAUGAUAUCUACAUUAUGCUACUUGGUGAAAGACAAGCUCAAGACUCCUUGCUGGAAUGUACAAAGGGAAUACUAAGUACAACUAUUUUUUUCCUUUUAUAUUGUUUCCUCAAAUUUAAUGAUAAGAAAUAAUUUAUUAGACAUUAUUUUUUACUCGAUUUCAAAAGUGCCUUUUUGAUGUUUUGGAAGACUUCUUUGCCCUGCCUGCAGGGUACCAUCUGGUACAUUGUAUACCUUGUAUUUAUGAAAGGACUGCUGCGUCCUACUUGUAAAACUGUCAUUGUAUUUAUUAAAAAGUAAAAUGUCA